AUUCAGGGGUGAAGCCAUCUAUCUGCUCUAAGACUGGAAUGAUGUUCUCCAGUGGAAGAAAGGGUAAUGUAUUUUUUCCAAACCACAUUAUAAUGAAGGCAUGUAAAUGCUUUUAUUGUAGAAAGUACUUCAGAUACAGAACACAGUUUCUUGUACACCAAAGAAUAAACACAGCAGAGAAGGUUUUUGAAUGCUCAGAGUGUGGUAAGAAAUUCAGUACGAAUUCCACUCUUCAAAAGCACGAAAGAAAGCACACGGGUAAGAAAUCAUUUGAAAGCUCGGAGUGUGGAAAGAGAUUCAGUCACAUUCACAGUCUUCAACGGCAUCAAAAAACCCACACGGGGGAGAAACCAUUUGAAUGCUCAGAGGGUGGAAAGAGAUUCAGUCGGAGUAGCCAUCUUCAACAGCAUCAAAGAAUCCACACAGGGGAGAAACCAUUUGAAUGCUCAGAGGGUGGAAAGAGAUUCAGUCGGAGUAGCCAUCUUCAACAGCAUCAAAGAAUCCACACAGGGGAGAAACCAUUUGAAUGCUCAGAGGGUGGAAAGAGAUUCAGUCGGAGUAGCCAUCUUCAACAGCAUCAAAGAAUCCACACAGGGGAGAAACCAUUUGAAUGCUCAGAGGGUGGAAAGAGAUUCAGUGAGAGUUGCAGUUUUCAGUGGCAUCAGAGAACCCACACAGGGGAGAAACUCUUUGAAUGCUUACAGUGUGGGAAGAAAUUCAGUCAGAGUUGUCAUCUUCAACUGCACCAAAGAAACCACACAGGGGAGAGAUCUUUUGAAUGCUCAGAGUGUGGAAAGAAAUUUGGUAAGCGUGACAAUCUUCGAAAGCAUCGGAGAACCCACAAAGCAGACAAGGCCUUUGAAUGCUCAGAGUGUGGAAAGAGAUUCAGUCAGAGUGGCAAUCUUCAACAGCAUCAAAGAAUCCACACAGGGGAGAAACCUUUUGAAUGCUCAGAGUGUGGAAAGAGAUUCAGUGGGAGUGGCACUCUUCAAAGGCAUCAAAGAACCCACACAGGGGAGAAACCUUUUGAAUGCUCAGAGUGUGGAAAGAGAUUCAGUGGGAGUGGCACUCUUCAAAGGCAUCAAAGAACCCACACAGGGGAGAAACCUUUUGAAUGCUCAGAGUGUGGAAAGAGAUUCAGUGGGAGUGGCACUCUUCAAAGGCAUCAAAGAACCCACACAGGGGAGAAACCUUUUGAAUGCUCAGAGUGUGGAAAGAGAUUCAGUGGGAGUGGCACUCUUCAAAGGCAUCAAAGAACCCACACAGGGGAGAAACCUUUUGAAUGCUCAGAGUGUGGAAAGAAAUUCAGUCAGAAUGCCUGUCUGCAACAGCAUCAGAGAACCCACACAGGGGAGAAACCUUUUGAGUGCUCAGAAUGUGGAAAGAGAUUCAACAGAGCAUCACACCUAUACCUUCACGAAAGAAAGCACACAGGUAAGAAAUUUUUUGAAUGCUUGGAGUGUGGAAAGAGAUUCUGUCGGAGUAGCCAUCUUCAACAGCAUCAAAGAACCCACACGGGGGAGAAACCAUUUGAAUGCUCAGAGUGUGGAAAGAGAUUCAGUCUGAGUGGCACUCUUCAACGGCAUCAAAGAACCCACACGGGGGAGAAACCUUUUGAAUGCUCAGAGUGUGGGAAGAGAUUCAGUCGGAGUGGCACUCUCCAACAGCAUCAAAGAACCCACACGGGGGAGAAACCUUUUGAAUGCUCAGAGUGUGGAAAGAGAUUCAGUCACAUUCCCAGUCUUCAACUGCACCACAGAACCCACACAGGGGAGAAACCUUUUGAAUGCUCAGAGUGUGGAAAGAGAUUCAGUGGGAGUGGCACUCUUCAACAGCAUCAAAGAAUCCACACAGGGGAGAAACCUUUUGAAUGCUCAGAGUGUGGGAAGAGAUUCCGUGAGAGUGGUCAUCUUCAACGGCAUCAAAGAACCCACACAAGGGAGAAACCUUUUGAAUGCCCAGAGUGUAGAAAGAUAUUCAGUGAUAGUGGUAAUCUUCGAAGGCAUCAAAGAAUCCACACAGGAGAGAAACCUUUUGAAUGCUCAGAAUGUGGAAAGAGAUUCAGUCGGAGUGGCACUCUUCAACGGCAUCAAAGAACCCACACAGGGGAGAAACCUUUUGAAUGCUCAGAGUGUGGAAAGAGAUUCAGUAGGAGUGGUGAUCUUCAGGUGCACCAAAGAACCCACACAGGGGAGAAACCUUUUGAAUGCUCAGAGUGUGGAAAGAGAUUCAGUAGGAGUGGUGAUCUUCAGGUGCACCAAAGAACCCACACAGGGGAGAAACCUUUUGAAUGCUCAGAGUGUGGAAAGAGAUUCAGUAGGAGUGGUGAUCUUCAGGUGCACCAAAGAACCCACACAGGGGAGAAACCUUUUGAAUGCUCAGAGUGUGGAAAGAGAUUCAGUAGGAGUGGUGAUCUUCAGGUGCACCAAAGAACCCACACAGGGGAGAAACCUUUUGAAUGCUCAGAGUGUGGAAAGAGAUUCAGUAGGAGUGGUGAUCUUCAGGUGCACCAAAGAACCCACACAGGGGAGAAACCUUUUGAAUGCUCAGAGUGUGGAAAGAGAUUCAGUAGGAGUGGUGAUCUUCAGGUGCACCAAAGAACCCACACAGGGGAGAAACCUUUUGAAUGCUCAGAGUGUGGAAAGAGAUUCAGUAGGAGUGGUGAUCUUCAGGUGCACCAAAGAACCCACACAGGGGAGAAACCUUUUGAAUGCUCAGAGUGUGGAAAGAGAUUCAGUAGGAGUGGUGAUCUUCAGGUGCACCAAAGAACCCACACAGGGGAGAAACCUUUUGAAUGCUCAGAGUGUGGAAAGAGAUUCAGUAGGAGUGGUGAUCUUCAGGUGCACCAAAGAACCCACACAGGGGAGAAACCUUUUGAAUGCUCAGAGUGUGGAAAGAGAUUCAGUAGGAGUGGUGAUCUUCAGGUGCACCAAAGAACCCACACAGGGGAGAAACCUUUUGAAUGCUCAGAGUGUGGAAAGAGAUUCAGUAGGAGUGGUGAUCUUCAGGUGCACCAAAGAACCCACACAGGGGAGAAACCUUUUGAAUGCUCAGAGUGUGGAAAGAGAUUCAGUAGGAGUGGUGAUCUUCAGGUGCACCAAAGAACCCACACAGGGGAGAAACCUUUUGAAUGCUCAGAGUGUGGAAAGAGAUUCAGUAGGAGUGGUGAUCUUCAGGUGCACCAAAGAACCCACACAGGGGAGAAACCUUUUGAAUGCUCAGAGUGUGGAAAGAGAUUCAGUAGGAGUGGUGAUCUUCAGGUGCACCAAAGAACCCACACAGGGGAGAAACCUUUUGAAUGCUCAGAGUGUGGAAAGAGAUUCAGUAGGAGUGGUGAUCUUCAGGUGCACCAAAGAACCCACACAGGGGAGAAACCUUUUGAAUGCUCAGAGUGUGGAAAGAGAUUCAGUAGGAGUGGUGAUCUUCAGGUGCACCAAAGAACCCACACAGGGGAGAAACCUUUUGAAUGCUCAGAGUGUGGAAAGAGAUUCAGUAGGAGUGGUGAUCUUCAGGUGCACCAAAGAACCCACACAGGGGAGAAACCUUUUGAAUGCUCAGAGUGUGGAAAGAGAUUCAGUAGGAGUGGUGAUCUUCAGGUGCACCAAAGAACCCACACAGGGGAGAAACCUUUUGAAUGCUCAGAGUGUGGAAAGAGAUUCAGUAGGAGUGGUGAUCUUCAGGUGCACCAAAGAACCCACACAGGGGAGAAACCUUUUGAAUGCUCAGAGUGUGGGAAGAGAUUCCGUGAGAGUGGUCAUCUUCAACGGCAUCAAAGAACCCACACAAGGGAGAAACCUUUUGAAUGCCCAGAGUGUAGAAAGAUAUUCAGUGAUAGUGGUAAUCUUCGAAGGCAUCAAAGAAUCCACACAGGAGAGCAACCUUUUGAAUGCUCAGAAUGUGGAAAGAGAUUCAGUCGGAGUGGCACUCUUCAAAGGCAUCAAAGAAUCCACAAAGAGGAGAACCGUUUUGAAUGCUCAGAGUAUAGAAAAAAUUCAGUCAGAGGGCAGCUCUUGAACAGCACCUACGAGUUCACAGAGGAGAGAAACCUUUUUGAACGCCCAGGGUGUGGACAGAGAUUCAACAUCAUCUAA